UGGAUUCCCAUGUGCAAAAUGGCUGGGCAGAAAACUUUCACUCUCUCACAGGUGGCCCAACACAGAUCCAAAAAAGAUUGCUGGUUUGUCAUCAACGGCAGAGUGCUCGACGUGACAAAGUUCUUGGACGAGCAUCCAGCAGGAGGAGAGGUGCUUGUAGAGGUUGCAGGAAAGGAUGCGACGAGGGAAUUCAGUAACAUUGGACACAGCAAGGAAGCCCAAAACUUGCUCCUGAAGUACCAGGUUGGUGUUCUUCAGGGUCACGCUUUCAAUGAGGCAGACAAGAAUGCUUCUUUCGUGGAAUCCAAGCACAAAGAAAUGAGUGCCUUUGUGAUCAAGGAUGAUAAAAUGCCCAAGUAUCAAGCUUUUCUUGAGUUCGUCCUGCCAUUACUGUUUACUGGUUUCUACUUUGGUUACCGGUAUCUUUAAGAGUUGUCUGUCACUUGAUCAGCGACUACCUCUGUAAGGCUUAUCGUGAAUAAAAUGUAUCAGGAACAUUUCCUUUC